AUGGGGAUCCGUCUUCCCAUUGGCCGCAUCGAGGUGCCUGUCCAGCUCCCGCUGUGCUUGACAAUGGCACAGACGUCCUGGGGCCAGCGGUUCCGAUCCCACUUUCUAGAAGAUGGUUUUGGUGAACACACUUGCUAUCAUUGUCUCAUUGCAGAAGUAGCAAAUGAUGAUCAAAUACCAAAUGAGUUGUGGGCAUUGCCAUGUGAUCCAUGGACUGGAAAGAUGACUUACUUUGAAGACUUUUACAUAAUGGAGCUAUGCAGAGGUUUGGGUAUCGGGUCUGAAAUCCUGAAGAGGAUUAGUCAGAUAGCAAUCCAGACUUGGUGUUACAGCAUGCAUUUUCUUGUUGUGAGGUGGAACACAGCCCCUAUAGAAUACUACACCAGGCGAGGUACUCUGGAUUUGUCACAACAGGAAGGGUGGCAUCUAUUUAAAUUCAGUAAAGAAAACAUGAUCAAACUGACAUCUGAGGAAUGA